GGCUCAGGUGAAGGGGCAUGUAGCCAGAAAUAAUAAGACUUUUAAAAUGGCAGAGGUCAGAGAGUUGUUUAAUGAAGGCCUCCGGGAAGUGACACCACAAAGGUGGCAGUCUUGUAUAGACCAUGUCGUAAAAGUAGAAGAUGAGAUGUGCAAACUGGACGGAUUAAUUACUGGAGUUGUGGAUAAAUUUGUUAUUCAUGUAACGGAAUCACAUUCAGAGAUUGAUAGUAAUUCGGACAUUAGUGAUGGAGAUGAGGAGUUGGAAAUGUUGGAAUAAAGAAAAAUUGUUGAAAAAAUAUUUCAUUUACUUAACCUUUUCAAAUUCCUUUCCUGUGAUUUAAUAUGAGGUCUCGUAUGUCUUGCACUUUUUGUCUCGUAUUGUAAAGUAUGUAUGUAAGUGCUAGACUAAUUAGAGCGGUGUUUUUAGGGUUCCGUACCCAAUAGGUAAAAUCUAUUACUAAAGGCUCUGUUACAUUUGUCCUAACUAGCUUCCUAAAUGAGUUGGAAACUGAAUUUAGUCAAAUGUAACCGCACUUAGGAAGUUUAUUUAUUAUGGAGAAAAGUUAGAAUCAUAAUUAGGAUGCUAGUUAGCAUGCUGAAAAAAGUAAAAUGUAACAGGGCUUUGGCUUAGGGCAAGACUCAGUUGUCCAUCUGUCUGUCUUUAGGCUGUAUCUCAUAAACCAUGGCAGUUGAAAUUUUCACAGAUGAUGUAUUCUGUUGCAGCCAUAACAAGAAAUACUAAAAAACAGAAUACAAUAAAUAUUCAGCACUGCACUGUGGUAGAACAACGCAACCUUAUCCUGUUUAUGUUCCUUAGAAUAAAAUUGUCUCAAUGUUAGUUGAGACUUGAAAAUAAAUUUGUAAUUUUUUUUUACAAAAUACUUAUUUAACCCUUUUCCAGGCCGUAAGUAACUGUAAGGUUUUCCCAAAAAAAUCGAAUAUAUUCCAAAUUGUUGCGUUUUGGUGAUCCAUUUAAAGCAGAGUCUCAUUUCCCGAAAAUGCGAUCACAUUUAAACCUUAAAUUUGAGUAAGUAAGGUUGAAAUUCUAUUGAAUCGUAUGUAGUCAGUAUACAAAGAAUCAUAUUAAAAAAGGUUUGCGAAACCUGAAAAGUUUAUUUGACAGUGACAAAAGUGACAUUGACAAAUUUGACAGUGACAUAUCUGUCGUAGAUUUUUUGGUCUUGAAUUCCAGUUUCCAGUUUAGAGGUUUUCAAUAGUGGCUUAUUGUGUUAAACCCUGUUUCAAAAAAAUCAUAGUGAAUAAAUAAACUAAAAAAAAACAUAGAAAACAUGUUCAUCGCACAAAUAAAUGCCCAUACCAGGAUUUGAACCCGGGACCAUCGGCUUCAUAGGCAGGGCCACUACCCACUAGGCCAGACCGCUCGCCAUAAAAGAAUGAGAGAGUUGCAAGGAUUGUAACGUCAGAAGAGAUUGUAAAGCCGGGUUCCCACGGCCCGUUGUUUCACAGAUCUGACCGCGCCUUUACAGGCCGACAGAUAGUAGGAAUGGUCGCAUCCGAUGUGGCCUGUGGUCGCCUGUCGUCACCCGUUCGAUCCGCCGGGAGUCGGUAAGUUCAAAGGCGCGGCGCGGCGCGGCGCGACGGUGCCUGUCGCGACCUGUAGGGGCGCGUCUGCGUCGGUUCAUUUCACCUGGGACAGCGAGUGCGCGUACACGCACACAUGAUCGAGUGGACGAACGAACUAAUAUUCGAAUUUUUAACUCUCUACGAAAAUGAACCAGCGCUUUGGAAUAGCUCGUCACCACAGCAUAAAAACAAGAACGAUGUCCAUGAUGCGUGGUCACGGAUAAAAACUAAUUUAAAAAGUGGAACUAUCCCUAUCAAGGAGUUAAAAAAGAAAAUUUGAUGUCUACCUACAGAAAGCUGAAAGCUAAAAUCAAGGAGUCUACGAAAACGGGUAGUGGCACCGAUGAUAUUUAUAAACCGGAAUGGCCAUUCUACGACAUAAUGGCAAAAUUUUUGGAUGACGUAUAUAAACCAAAAAUGACUAAAACUACAAUAAUGAUAACAGAUGAGAGUGAAGAUGACAGUAAGGAUGAACGUGACGAAUCAAUCCAAAAUUUAGAAAGUAGUGAAGAACAGGACAUUGCAUUCAAAACUCCAAAAAUAAUCCCAAAGAAAAAAAGGAAACUAGAUGAGACUCAAAAUCGUAUGGAUGAAGCAUACACUUAUCUCAAACAAUUAGGCCAAACGUCACGAAAAGAUGUAUCUUCAUUGUAUUGUGAUUUAUUAGCAGAAAAAUUGAGGGGUCUACAGGAUGACACACGAGAAGUAGCCAUGUUAGAAAUAGACAAUUUGGUGUUUAAUCUGAAACGACGAGAAAAAGAACAACAAUUUCAUCAACCAAGUUAUUACUCUGGAGCGACUGCCAUCAUACCUCUGCGACCCUUGAGCCCCUAUCAUUCGCCACAGGAUUCACCAUCGUCUUCAUCGUACUCGCCGGCCUACCAGAGCAAUCCACAUACUCCCUCACAAGCACCAUACAUUCAAACCAUUCCUAAUCCACAACAAUCGCUAAGUAUCCAGUCUCCACAGGGUUCGCCAAGUUUUCCACCUCCAUUUCAUUCCCAACCAUCGUCUGCAUCGCAGUCUCCGGUCUACCAGAGCCCCAAUCCACAUAUUCCCUCACAAGCACCAUACAUUCAAACCAUUCCUAAUCCACAACAAUCGCUAAGUAUCCAGUCUCCACAGGGUUCGCCAAGUUUUCCACCUCCAUUCCAUUCCCAACCAUCGUCAGCAUCGCAGUCUCCGGCCUACCAGAGUCCCAAUCCACAUACUCCCUCACAAGCACCAUACACUCAAACCAUACCUAAUCCACAAAAAUCGCCAAGUACCAAUCAGACUUCAGAUAAUAUAUCACUAAAAGAUUUUUAUGAGUCUCAAAAUGUAGAUUUUUCUUGAAAUAAAUAUUAUUAAGAACGUAACAACUUACUUUUAUUUCUUCCCUUAAUUCUUGCAUUAUGGCUUUGCAGACGUCGUCAACGCAUCUUGAGACUGUUUGUAUUGAAACCUUAAAUAAGUAUGAGAGGCUUUUGUAACUAUCUCCAGUAGCCAG